AUGGCACCAAUAGCUCUGGAUGGGGGUCAAAAGGGAAGUGUGAAAAGUCUUGAGACAGUGGGUACGAUUUUCGAAAAAGAAGACUAUGAUCUUCUCAAGUUAUUGGAUAGAGCUAGACCUAUAAAUGUUGAGAGGAAUGAAUGUUAUGAUGAAAGGGCAUUCAAUGAAUUCUCCUCGCGCAUACUAGAUCAUUUGGACAAUGUGUCAACACCUGGUAGAAGGUCUGGCUUUAAUACUCCAAGGUCAAAUACUUACAUUGAAUCACAUCCUAUGAUAGCUGACGCUUGGGAUGCCUUGAAGCGCUCUAUGGUUUACUUUCGUGAGCAGCCGGUUGGGACAAUUGCUGCUUUGGACCACUCUGUCGAAGAGCUAAACUACGAUCAGGUUUUUGUUAGAGAUUUUGUCCCUAGUGGGUUGGCUUUCCUGAUGAAUGGGGAGGAUGCAAUUGUUAAGAAUUUUCUUUUGAAGACUCUUCACUUACAAUCAGGGGAGAAAAAGGUUGACCUAUUCCAGCUAGGAGAAGGGGUGAUGCCUGCAAGUUUUAAAGUGCACCAUGACCCUGUAAGAAACACCGAGACUUUGAAUGCAGACUUUGGUGAGAGUGCAAUUGGAAGAGUGGCUCCUGUUGAUUCAGGAUUUUGGUGGAUAAUAUUACUUCGUGCAUACACCAAGUCUACAGGAGACACUUCCUUGGCUGAAAUGCCAGAGUGCCAAAGGGGUAUGCGCCUUAUUCUUAGUUUGUGUCUCUCAGAGGGAUUUGACACAUUCCCCACACUUCUCUGUGCUGAUGGAUGCUGUAUGAUUGACCGUAGAAUGGGUAUUUAUGGAUAUCCAAUUGAGAUACAAGCACUGUUCUUCAUGGCUUUAAGAUGUGCUUUAGCUUUACUUAAGCAAGAUGUAGAAGGUAAGGAAUUCAUGGAGCGUAUAGUGAAAAGGCUUCAUGCCCUGAGCUAUCACAUGAGAAGCUAUUUUUGGCUGGACCUGAAACAGUUGAAUGAUAUAUAUCGGUAUAAAACAGAAGAAUAUUCUCAUACAGCAGUUAACAAAUUCAAUGUAAUACCUGAUUCUCUUCCAGAUUGGGUAUUUGAUUUCAUGCCAACGCGCGGUGGUUACUUUAUAGGAAAUGUGAGCCCUGCAAGAAUGGAUUUUCGUUGGUUUUGCUUGGGAAAUUGCGUUGCCAUUUUGUCAGCUUUAGCCACCCCAGAGCAGGCUUCAGCCAUAAUGGAUCUCAUUGAAUCACGUUGGGAAGAGCUUGUGGGAGAAAUGCCAUUGAAGACUUGUUAUCCAGCCAUAGAAAGCCAUGAAUGGCAAAUUGUAACUGGCUGCGAUCCAAAGAAUACAAGGUGGAGUUACCACAAUGGAGGAUCUUGGCCAGUGCUUCUCUGGCUCCUGACUGCAGCUUGUAUAAAGACUGGACGUCCCCAAAUUGCAAAACGUGCCAUCGAUCUUGCUGAAAGCAGACUGUCGAAAGAUCAAUGGCCUGAGUAUUAUGAUGGAAAGCUAGGUCGGUAUGUGGGGAAGCAGGCUCGUAAAUUCCAGACUUGGUCCAUUGCUGGGUACUUGGUGGCUAAAAUGAUGCUGGAUGAUCCAUCACAUCUGGGAAUGAUAUCGCUAGAGGAAGACAAGCAGAUGAAACCCCUUGUCAAAAGAUCAAAUUCCUGGACUUGUUGA